AACUUGGGCGCGUUGGCGGGAAAGUUAAAUCGCUCUAUCGCUAACCAGUAGCCAGUGAGAAAAACUAGGUUACAGUCGAAUACUCGCUGCAAUUAAAGAUGAAUUAAUUCAUACAAAUAAAAACCAAGGGUUUCGUUCCUUUCUAUUGGCGGUUUCGAGCGGGAACCAAGAAAAUGCCGACGUACAAGAUUAGGGGAAUCGACGUAGAUUUUCCCUACGAAGCCUAUGAUUCCCAACUCGUUUACAUGGACAAAGUCAUGCAAUCGCUUCAGGAGGAAUGUAAUGCACUGUUGGAGAGUCCCACAGGAACUGGAAAAACACUAUGUCUUCUGUGUGCUACCUUAGCCUGGCGGAAGAGUUUGGGUAGUUUUAGAACUGGUUUCACCAUGAAGAAUACCAGUGAUAAGCCAGGAGGUAAAAUGGAGAUUUCAUCAUCACAGUCGGGGGCCUCAGAUUUUCCUACUAUCGUUUAUGCUUCACGCACCCACAGCCAGAUACGUCAAGUUAUUCAAGAGUUGAAACGGACAUCUUACAGACCUAAGAUGACAGUCCUGGGUUCUCGGGAGCAACUUUGCAUUCAUGAUGAAGUGAAGUCACUUCGUGGAAAAACACAAACAAAUGCUUGUCGAUUAGUCUGUCGAAGGCGUAUAAAGCUGCCGAAGCGCCGAUGUAACCAUUUCCAUAAAGUUCUUGAUUAUUUGAGUAAAAAUCCCAAUCUUGGAGAAGAGCCUGUGGAUAUCGAGGAUUUGGUCAAUAUUGGCAGAGCAUCUGGGCCAUGUCCGUAUUAUUUAUCAAAGGAACUCUACAAGGUUGUUGAUAUAAUAUUUGCUCCAUACAACUAUCUUAUUGAUCGAGGGUAUAGAGAUUCUCUGCAACUUUCUUGGAGCAAUAGUGUACUCAUAUUUGAUGAAGCUCACAACCUGGAAGGCAUAUGUGCUGAUGCAGCCUCCUUUGACCUGCCUUCUUGGCUUCUAACAGCCUGUAUUUCUGAGGCUCAAAAUUGUGUUGAUCUUUUAAUUGAAAGAAGAAAUAAAUCAAAUGAUAAGUCACAAAAUCCUGAUGAUUUUGCUAUCCUUAGAGCACUUCUUCUAAAACUUGAAAAGCGCAUUGCUGAGGUGCAUAUUGAAUCUAAGGAGUUGGGGUUUACUAAACCCGGGCCCUAUAUGUUUGAACUGCUUGCUGAUCUUAAUAUCACUCACAAGACUGCUUCUAAGCUUAAGAGUAUAAUAGCUGAAGCUUCAACUCUCAUUGAGGAAAAUAAUCAGGAGAAAUCAACUGGCACCAUCUGCAGAUUGGAUACUAUCAAGGAUAUUCUUGACAUUGUUUUCAGGGAUGGAAGAACUUCUCAUGCUAAAUACUAUCGUGUUCAUGUGAAGGAGGUUGACGCAUGGUCUGCCAAUGGUUCUAAAGGCAAGGCGUCAAGGACACUCAGCUGGUGGUGCUUUAAUCCCGGAAUAGCUUUGGAAGAAUUUGCUAAGUCUGGAGUUAGAUCAGUUAUAUUGACAUCAGGCACAUUAUCCCCUUUGGACUCUUUUGCUGAGGAACUGAAAUUACACUUCCCCGUUCGGCUGGAAAAUCCACAUGUAAUAGGCCCAAAUCAGAUAUGGGCUGGAGUUGUACCAGUUGGUCCUUCAGGACGUACUUUUAACUCCUCUUAUCGCACUCGUGAUACGCCGGAGUACAGGCAGGAGCUUGGAAACGCAAUUGUAAAUUUGGCUCGAAUUGUACCUGAUGGACUUCUUGUAUUCUUCCCAUCUUAUUACCUUUUGGAGCAAUGCAUUGGGUGCUGGAAAAGUUUGAGUAAUGAAAGUUCAACAUCAAUAUGGGAGAGAAUUUGCAAACACAAGAAACCAGUUAUAGAACCAAGGGAAUCUUCACUUUUUGCCUCAUCAAUUAAGGACUACUUAACUAAGCUGAACGACACCACUGAAUCUGGAGCAGUCUUUUUCGCUGUUUGUCGUGGGAAGGUAAGUGAAGGAUUAGAUUUUGCGGACCAUGCUGGUAGAGCUGUGGUAAUUACCGGUUUGCCAUUUGCCACAAGCACUGAUCCUAAGGUUCGUCUAAAACGUGAAUACUUGGAUCAACAAUCUCGGGCACAAGGAGAGUCGUUCAAGGUUUUAACUGGAGAUGAGUGGUAUAACCAACAAGCCUCCCGAGCUGUGAAUCAAGCAGUUGGACGUGUAAUUCGCCAUCGCCAUGACUAUGGAGCAAUUAUUUUCUGUGAUGAAAGGUUUACUCAGCCUCAUCGACAAUCCCAAGUCUCAAAAUGGAUACAACCUCACAUCAAGUGUUACUCAAGAUUUGGAGAAGUUGUUUUUACUCUAACUCGAUUUUUUCGAGAUGGAGGAACACGGGGUCCUACAAAGCUGUCGCUAUUAGAAGCUGAAAAUGGGGGGAAUCUGGGAGAAAUGCCAUCAUCAGAGCACCCCGUGGACAAACUUCACAUGGAAAAACUUCUGUCACCUCUGACUACACCAGUGGCUCCAAAUUGUAUUUUGAAGGCUUCAUCUUCGCUUGAUACGAAAAAGGGCUGUACUUCAUUCAUGAAAGGAAUUCUGCCUGCCAAUCGCUCAUCUUUGUCUUCUGACCAUGGGAUGAUUGUAGGUUGUCACAGUUCAAGAGAUACACAUGAGACAGUUUUACAUAAAAGGAUAACUGUGCUAUCACAAGAACAUGACGGGUUUGAUUUGACUGAUCAACCGGGUGAAAAAUCAAAGAAUAGGCUGAUAGCCCCUUGUUUCACCAAGAAGCGUAGAUUUAUAGCAGGAGAGUAUGACCUAACGCAACAUUUAGGAAAUUCUAAUGAGCAAUCAUCAUCAUCAGCUCUUCAAAGUUCUCAAGGUGAUAUAGAUCUGCAAUGUAAAGAUAAUGUGACCUCUCAAAGUAGAAAUCUUGAGAUUGUUGGACAAAAAGACAAUCUUCCUGCUGAGUCAACUCCUACUGCUGAUGGAACCCAAGGAUUAGCAUUCCUUGCUCAGGUCAGAGAAAAACUCAGUGCUGCAGAAUAUAUAGACUUUGUGGGUUAUAUGAAAGCGCUCAAGACCAAAACAUUGAAGAUUAGCGAAGUUUUACUAAGCAUUUCUAGAUUGUUCUCUGGACCCGAGAGGUUACCUCUUCUUAAAAGGUUCAAGGAUUACAUCCCAGCAAAGUAUCAUUCUUUGUAUGAGCAGUAUGUUGAAGGAAAAGUUAACUGAAAGGGCCCUGAUCGUAACUGUCACUUGAUAAAUUUUUAGCUAAAACUCAGGUGCGCUCUUAGCAUCUCUCCUAUUUUAUGAUUGAAGAUGUGGACAGGAAUGAAUAUUAGUACAUCACACAAGUUCUAACAAUACUAAGAAUGUGGGAAGAGAUGAAGAAAUGUUAAUUAGAGAUUGGUGUUCUCUUUUAUUUGAUAGAGAAAAUGAUCUCAUUAUGUCUGGUUCUGGGCUUUAAUUCAAACAGAUAAUUAUUUGGGAACCUCGUUACAGAAGGUAUGCUUUGUGGCUUAGUGUCACACAAAGCAUAUGUUGGAAAGGGUCUUCCGGAGAUUUGAUGUUGUGAUUGAGACCUGGGUGGAUCAGCAGACCAUAUAUUUAAAAGAUAGACUGGAAAUACUUCAAGAGAAUGGUCACUGGUCAGGGAAUUUCUUUGGCUCCGGCGAGUCAUUAGGGAACGGAACCGUGCUCCUUGGUAUGUUCCCCAGAUUACCGUCCUAUGAUAAUAUAUAUCCAUUUUUAAAGCAAAAUGGUGUGAGAUAUAUUAACAUAUUAUCUCGUGGCAACCGAUUUUGAUGAAGCUUUUGAAUAUCGGAUCAUAAAAAAUGCAAUGUAUUUUGAUCAGAAAUUAUCGAGAUUAUUUAUCUUAUGUUAUUGUAUAUGCAGCCAGUGAACAUUGUAUUGCGCACAGAUUAAAUUAUGUUUUAAGUUUUCAAAUUUCACUC